AUGACUUUGGAAGUCUUGGGGUCGCGCCCAAGUUUCCCAUUGUAUGCUCUUGCAUACUAUUUGCCUCCCUGGAAGAGGUUGCAUGCUGGUGCGUUAAGCCAUGACUUUGGCAGUCUUGGGGUCAAGCUCAAGAAGUCUACAAUGAGAUUUCAUGCUGGUGUUGGUCGUGGUAAAAUCCCAAAUUCGCGUCUAGGCUCUCGCAUAUCAUCAUCAGCUUCGGAUUCCAACACCGUCUAA